AUGUCUGAUUUGUCUUUCUGGUCACUACCGGAUGUCGCCAAAAAGGAUUUCCGUGUUGUAGUCGGUAUCGACUUUGGGACGACUUUCUCAGGCUUUGCUUUUGCUAACAAAGCAAAUCCGGAUCAAAUUGAAACCCAAGACACAUGGCCAGAGCAAAAGGGUCAGCUGAAAACAAACACCGUUCUCCAAUAUGACAAUGAAUGGAAAGUGAGCAAGUGGGGAAAUCCUGCAUUGGCUGAACGUCCCAAAAAGAAGAAAAUAUUUUCACAGAGUGAGAAUCGUCCCGUAGAGCUGUUUAAGUUACAUCUUGGCAACAUGUCUCAGGAUAAAAAACCGAGAUUGCCGAGGGGGCUAGACUAUCGAAAAGCAAUUACAGAUUAUCUUAGAAAACUGAAUGAGUCUAUUCAAGAGACAGUACAAAUAAGAUGGCCAAAGCUGGACUAUCACUCUCACGUAAUAAAGGUCAUGACUGUACCAGCAGAAUAUGAUGAGAAAGCACGGCAUAUUAUGCGUACAUGCGCAUUCGAGGCGGGAAUAAUAAACACUUUAAACUCGGAAGGCUUGGAGUUUACCAGUGAACCCGAGGCGGCUGCCAUAUAUUGCAUGAGAGUAUUGAAAGAGCAUAAUCUCAACCCAGGCUCUACUUUCUUAGUGGUAGAUUGCGGUGGAGGCACGGUAGACCUUACGACACGCACUCUUCUUGCCGAUAACAAAUUGUCCGAAAUCACUGAACGUACUGGUGACUUUUGCGGCAGUACCUACGUUGAUCGUGAAUUUAUAAAAUAUAUUGCAUCAGUAGUAGGCAAAUCGGCUGUGCGUAUUCUCGAGGAAAAACACUAUACCUCUCUGCAGUAUAUGAUCCAGCAAUUCUGCGCUAGAGUCAAGUUUGAAUUCGAUGGAGACAGUGACAAAUUUGCUACAAAGGACUUCGAUAUUGAAGAAAUCUGUCCAGUAUUGAUGCAAUACGUUCAGGGAGAGGAAAAAGAACGAAUGGAGGAAGCAGAGUGGAUGAUUGAGCUGGAUUAUGAAACUGUUAAAAGUUUCUUUGAUCCAAUUGUUGAAAGAAUUUUACAAUUGAUAAAGGGCCAACUGGAGAAGUCGAGAGCUACAUCAGCAAUAUUCUUGGUCGGAGGAUUUUCAGAUUCAAUGUAUUUACUACAGAGAAUUAGGAGUGAGUUCUCAAGUAAAAUUAAUACGAUUGCGGUUCCAGCCGAACCUAUUGCUGCUGUCAUAAGGGGCGCAGUGUACUAUGGCCUCGAUAUGGGUACGGUAACAACCCGUGUCCUUAAGCGCACAUACGGUAUUGAAGUUUCCCCGGAAUGGAAAUCAGGAGACCCACCUCAUCGUCGCACUGCUCGUGGUCGUAUAAACGUCUUCAAAUGUCUGGCCAUGCGUGGCAUGGAAGUGCCUGUCGACUCUAAAUUUGGAUAUGAAUUGGUACCAUCAUUUCCUAAUCAGACUCAAAUGAAGAUUGACAUAUAUACCACCUAUGGAGAUACAGCGAAGUAUUGUGAUGACCCCGGCAUGGAGUUGUUUGGACAGCUUUCUAUUGAAUUACCUGAUACUGAUCUCGGACUCGCUCGGCCGGUAGAUUUUAGCCUUACAUUUGGGAAAAUGGAAAUAAAAGCACAGGCGAAAAACAAACUGACCGGGAAAACAUAUGAGGCUUCAUUUGCUCUAGAACUGUAG